GAACAAGUAUACCAGUUGCUAUGCUGAUCGUCUUCACGAAUUGACAAGCUGUGCUGCAUACAAAUAACAAGCAAGUCGUUUUGUUCUACCACGUUGAAUCAUGAUAAAGCUAUUGGCUGUUGUUGCAUUAGUUCUCCAGGGAAUCCAAGCGCAAAGACCGUUUCCACCGGCAGCGCAUAGUUUUAAUGGAGCAAAGGAUGGUUCUGAUCAGGAAACAUCCCGUCGCUUCAAUGACGUAACCACAGGCAUGCUGUGUAUGAAAGACCUCUUGCUUAUCCUCGAUACUUCGUAUUCUGUUGAGGCGUACUUCGAAAGUGAUAUGAAACCUUUCCUGAAGAAUCUCGUGACUGAUGAAAAUCUCCACGUUUCCCGUAAUGGCACGCAAGUGGCGCUUUUGAUGUUCAGCGAAGAGAAGAAGACUAAAGUGCUGGUGGAAUUUGGAAAGAUUUUCGAUGCGGGUGAAAUGGCGGGAUUUAUUGACCGCUUGAAUUGGACGGAUAUAAAAGGAGGUUACACAAGAACCGAUAUCGCAUUUCAAUUGGCAAACGACAAGGUUUUCACCCAAAAUAAUCCAAGAAACAACAGGCCUGACAUAGACGAUGUCGUGGUGAUCAUUACGGAUGGAAAUCCCUGGGGAGUGGAGGGCGUUUUGGCAAAGACGAUCGCGAAUGCGAGUCGAAUCAAAGCAAAGGGAAUUGAGAUUGUCGGAGCCGCUGUGGGCAGUCCAGAGAUGAGAGACAGGUUUAAAGCCAAUCUUAUCAGGAUGUCCACGUCAGAAGAACAUGUCGUCGAGACAGACUACAAAGAUAUUGACACGAUUCGCUCAAAGCUUAUCCAAACUACGUGUGGGAAUAUUGUUGACUGUCAGUGCAAUUCGACCACAACAAAAACCCGGCGAAUUGCACCAGGGCAAUCGAAUGUGCUCGUGUCUUGGCCAACUCCUCAGUACUCCUGCAGAACUGGUAAUAAAUCAGAGACGGCGCAGAUAUCUGUCGAACCAAAAAUAACAUCACCACAUGCAUUCCCUUUCGGUGACCACAUCAUUCAGUACACCUUUACACUCGCGAGUGGUGUUGACGUGGUUUGUCCCGUAACAAUCGCUGUGCGAGGAAACAUGUGUGGUCAGCAGGCUAUCGAUCCUGGUACUCAGGUCUGUUGCUGUGGCGCAAUUCAUGACGAGAGGGCUGGGCACGAUUGUUGUGGCACCAGAUACUACGAUACUGCUCGUAACAAAUGCUGUAAAGAUUAUUUCCUUCUGGUUUCCCAUCAGGAAUCCUGUCAAUAACUUUUCUCAGUUUUAGUGACAUUUUUAUUACGUUUUUCCUCAAAUUGGAACAAUCAUUGUCAUGAAUAGCUAAGUUAAUUGCAUACUGACUGAGCAUAGUUACACUUUGUACACUUUUGUUUGAGGUAUAUUCUACAAGUUAAGUAGAAAUGGCAUGUUUCAGACGUCACGCAUUUUUUUAAUUCGAAACCAGGGCUCAACCUCUUUCAACCUUUGUCUCCAAAUUUUAAGGACUAAUUUGAUGUCUGUUUGAUAAUUGAUAUCUGUUUCAAAAUUACAUGAAACGGUAAUGUAGUAGAAGUGGUUAAAUAAAGGGAAGAAAAAUAGUUUGGGCCUUGC